AUGGGUGAGGGCUCAAAAUACAUUGCUACCACAAAUCUGGACGUCACUGUGAUCGAUUGCUUUGCACAAGGCACUGUCGUGGAGUGUAUAGCCGAGGUCAUCGAAGCCACCGAUUCCGCUCUGAAAAUGGACAUUACCCUGACUGCAAAAAAGAAAACUAAGCGCAAGAAAAAACACAAUGGAACGGGCUUCCUAAAACGAAGGGAUCAGAGCCCUAAGCGGAGUCUCACCUCGAAAAAGUUGGACUAA